ACGGACGCGGGCGCCGGCGGUGGCCGCGCGCGCGGAGGGAUGGAUCGGUACCUGCUCCUCGCGGUCUGGGGCGAGGGGAAGGCCGCGGUGGCGGCGGCGGGCGCGGGCCGUGGGCCCGAGGCCUCGCGCGUCGAGGGCCCCGGGAGGCCGCCGGACUUGAGAGCAGCAAAUGUUUAUCAUCUCCUGAAAAGAAGCAUUAGUGCUUCAGUUAGUCCAGAAGAUAGUACUUUCCCUGCCUGUUCAGUGGGCGGUAUACCUGGUUCCAGGAAGUGGUUCUUUGCAGUUCAGGCAAUAUGUGGAUUUUAUCAGUUUUGUAGUUCACACUGGGAAGAGAUACAUUUUGGUGCAGAGAAAGAUGACAUCGAAGAUGUUCUUCAGACAAAUAUGGAAGAAUGCUUGAGUGCUGUUGAGUGUUUUGAGGAAGAAGAUAGCAAUAGCAGGGAAUCAUUAUCCUUGGCUGACCUUUAUGAAGAAUCUGCAGAAAGUUUGCAUCAGUUAUCAGACAAGCUUCCUGCUCCUGGUAGAGCAAUGAUAGAUAUAAUACUGUUGCCUUCUGACAAAGAUCCUCCAAAACUGAGAGACUGUUUGCCUACUGUAGGAGCAUUAAAACAUUUGAAGGAAUGGUAUUCAGCAAAAGUCACUAUCGCAGGAGAUCAUUGUGAAAUAAAUUAUCAGAAAAUUGCAGAAUACCUUUCUGCUAAUAUUGUAUCUUUUGAAGAUCUCAGAAAUGCUAUUGAUUCAAAGGAGCUAUGGAGGGGAAAGAUUCAGAUAUGGGAGAGGAAGUUUGGAAGUGAAAUAAGUUUUCCUGAAUUUUGUUUAAAGGGAGUCACACGGAAGAAUUUUAGUACAUCUAAUUUAAAAACUUGCUUUCUUAACAAAAAGUUAAUACCAUCAAAGGAUAAAGAUAUUUUGCCAAAGGUUUUUCAUUAUUAUGGCCCUGCUUUAGAGUUUGUGCAGAUGAUAAGAUUAUCAGAUCUGCCCUCCUGCUAUAUGUCGGACGUUGAAUUUGAGUUGGGAUUGACAAGAAACAGCACCAAGCAGAGCUCCAGGCUGCUGGUGGAGCAGAUUUCUUCCCUGUGUGGCGAGGCUGGAGCUCUUUUUGUGUUGCCGUGUACCAUUGGUCGCAUACUUGCUCCUCCUCCCAGCCAGCUCAGUUCACGAAGGUGGAAGGAAUAUAUGGCGAGAAAACCUAGGACAAUCAGUGUUCCAGAUGUUGAAGUGAAAGGAGAGAGUUCUAGCUAUUAUCUCUUGUUACGAGGUAAUGGCAAUGGGAAGUGUAAAGCCACGUUGAUUCACUCAGCCAACCAGAUCAAUGGCUCGUUUGCGCUCAGUUUAAUUCACGGAAAGCUGAAAGCAGCAACAGAAGAAACCAGAUUGAGCUCUCCUCUUGACCUCUCGUCACUCCCAAGGUUCUCCAAGGAGCAGCUUAUACAGAGAGAGAGACAGUUAGCCAGCGCUCAGGCUUCGGCUUUGAAGGAGUGUCUGCAAAGGAGAAAGUUGGCACAGCAGCGUGAGGUAGUUUCUGUGGAUGAACUCAAAAGUCUGCUAACAUGCACAAGGGAACGCUUUUUAGGUCAUUUUGAUGCUCUUAUUCCUAAAACAAGUCUAAUAAAGACAGACGAAACCUCCAAUAUGUUACAUGAUAGCAGUUCACUGGAGCUUACUUCUUCCCGCCUAGUGGAGACCAAUCCUCUGGAGUGGCCAGAAAGGCAUGUCCUUCAAAAUUUGGAAACUUGUGAAAAAGCUAAACAAAAAAUGAGAACUGGUUCAUUACCUCGAUCAUCUGAACAAUUGCUGGGCCACAAAGAGGGCCCACGGGAUUCAGUCACAUUAUUGGAUGCUAAAGAAUUGCUUAAAUUCUUUACCUCAGACGGAUUACCAAUUGGAGAUCUUCAGCCUUUACAGAUUCAAAAAGGGGAGAAGACUUUUGUCCUGACACCAGAACUUAGUCCUCGGAAACUUCGUGGUUUACCUUUUGAAGAAGCUUCAGUAUGUCAUUAUCAUGGAAUUGAGUACUGCUUGGAUGACCGGAAAGCGUUAGAGAGAGAUGGGGGAUUUUUAGAGCUGCAGUCUCGGCUUAUUCGUUAUGAAACCCAGACCACCUGCACCAGGGGGAGUUCUCCGGGGCCCGCCGUGCUCAGCCCGCUUCCCUCUCCUGCGGUUUCGUCAGAGCCCACGAGUGUCCCUGACGGAGAAGCUCUGCAAAGCGAGCUCCGGACUGACGUCCCCCGAGUGAAAAGGAGAUCAAAAGAUGUGAACUGCCUUUAUCCUCCCAAAAGCAGACUUGUGAGGUCUGGAAGUUCCGAUUCUCUUCUUUCUCAGACAAGUGGCAGCGCCCGCCAUCGCCACGCGGUCCCCUCCAGAAAGCCACGGGCAGAGCGGCUGUUACCUGUGCCGUGUCCCUCUGCGCUGAGCCGUGAAGCUCCCGGAGCCACCGCCAAGGCCAGCUCAGGUCCCAAAGCUGCGCGCGAAUCAGAAACAGCAAGGCCCGCAAAGGAAUCCCGAUCACAGAAGCACACUCGGAUACUGAAAGAAGUCGUUGCUGAAGCCCUGAAGAAGCACAGGAUCACGGAGGCUCACGAAUGUUUCCCUGCUUGCAGCCAGCGCCUCUUUGAGAUCUCCAAGUUCUACCUAAAGGAUCUUAAAACUUCCAGAGGUCUAUUUGAAGAAAUGAAGAAAACCGCAAACAGCAAUGUCGUGCAGGUGAUUGAGUGGGUGUUAGAAAAAGCAAGCAAGAAAUAACGCAGAAUCAUUCCCUUUGGAUGAUUGUAGAUUGGAUGGAUCUAUUAUAUACCCCUUCCUUCUUUAGUUUGAAAAUUACACAUUUCAAACUUUAUUCAAAGAAUGAAUGUUCCAUUUCUAAGGAAUUUCAUAAAUACCCUGUAUUUAUAUAGUUUUGAAGUUGCUCAGUUAAUGUAAUUUUAGUUUGUAUACUUAUAGUUUUACUAUAUUUUAAUUUUUAACAUUAAUAUUUUUAUGUAUUUUUAAAAAUUUUACUCUUGGUUAUUUAAUUCUUUCAAUAAAUAGAAAAAGAUAUUUCUUUACUUCUUGGUAAGUGUCUCUGUUGUUAGGUGUGUUUAAACUGCUGAGUCUCGAGUAGGACAUUGCCAGUGGCUUUUCUCGUGUGUUACAACAGCGUGAUUUAUUGGACAACCCUUGUCUUAGAAAACAUUGGCAAAAAAUUCAUAUACUUAGUCAUGUUCCCUUACCCCUGGCCUGGAGCCACCACUGUUGGAGCUAUUUAUGUUUAUUUGGGAUGAAAAAAAAGAGCAAAAAUUGUGAAAAUAAGACAUAGUGAAAAUGACUUAAGUACCUACUCCCAGAAAAAAAAAUUUUCCCAUGACAGUAAAUUUGGAAAAUGUGGAAAAUACUAAGGAGAAUGGAAAAAAUUCCAAUACUGUUCUGUCUACAGGUAUUUAAUAUUUUUAAACAUUAUAUUUAUUUUCAAAAUUGCAGUCAUAUGUAUGUUUAUGUAUGUGUAUUUGCAUGUGUGAUAUGUAUGUAUAUUAAUUUAUAGCCUGCUUUUCACUUAAUGUGAUGUAACAAUAUGAUUAAAAUGAUUUUUAUAUCAUGUCAGUAAUAGCUGCAUGAUUCAAAUGGAUCAGUUUAUUUAACCAGUCCUGCAUCGUUGGACAUAAGAGUUCAAUAUUUCCUUACUGUAAAUGAAACAUAUCAAUAUUUCUGGUACAUCACUGAUUAUUCCUUAGUAUAGCUUUUUCAGAGUGGAAUCUGUGGGUGUCUGAGUGUACUGCCUUAACUUAACUUCAGUGCUGUGCUCACACUUAAUCACUUUUGUGAAUGUCCCAUAAAAAUACUGGAAAUGGCAGCCCACUCCAGUGUUCUUGCCUGGAGAAUCCCAGGGACAGAGGAGCCUGGCGGGCUGCAGUCUACAGGGUCGCAAGAGUCGGACACGAGUUGGCGACCAGACCACCACCACCACCAUAAAAAUGCUUCAGAGUAAAAAGUGACUUAAGAUGCUUGAGAUAAAUGUGAAAGCAGGUAACAGGAGCGGUCUAAGAGGCCCAGAGACCUCAGGUCCAUUUCUGGCACAGACUGAACUCACGGGAGAAGCUGCAGGCCCAGCCGAAGUCCAGCAGCGCGAGCCGCGUGCCAGUGUCCAGGAGAGGACCCUGCUGGCCGGGCCUGUCUGUCUGUAGGACACCUGUGCAUGGGACCUCGAAAGGCAGACCCGAGGGAGAAUAGAGCAGAGCGCAGGCCUCGGCUGUUCUGACGCUAAUUCCCGUGCUGGGGAUGCUGCCUAAAACUCCCACUCCCUGUAAGUGGAAAAAGGGAGCCAGGGCUGGGCUAGCUCAGCCUGUUCCGCAGUGAUGGGACGCUGGGAAAACUGUUGCGCACAUCACCUGGAAAAGAGAAGCUGGCUUCCUUGUGGCUCAGACGGUAAAGAAUCUGCUUGCAGUGCAGGAGACCCGGGUUCAAUUCCUGGGUGGGCAAG